CGUAUCUUUUUCUCGUUUCUCCAAUUUUUUUCUUCUACACCACUGACAAAAGGAGGCCAGAAAGAAUACUGAAGUGAAGCACUUCCCACAGUGAAUCAAACGAACGCGCUGCAGAUAGCCACAUCGCCGCCAAUCGACCAUGCUCGCCUACCUCCUCCACGCCCCGGCCGUCGCCGGCCCCGCCGCCGUCACGAGCCCGCUCUCCCUCCGCGCGCCGCCGGCUCCGAAGACCCCCUUCCUCCCGUCCGCCGUCCGCCCGCCGAGGCGCGCCGCCACCGCCACCGCCGCCGGCGCGUUCUCGGCAGGCGCCGUGGGGCCCAUCGCGGCGUCGCUGCUCGAGGGCCCCGUGCUGGUCUGGGUGGGGCGGCUCUGCCUCUACUACGCGCUCAUCCACGCCGGGCUCGCGGGAUCCCCGCGCAACCCCUUCCUCUCCCACGAGAUUCGAGGCGAGGACGGCGCCGGGGACAGCGACCUAGGGUUCUCCAAGUGGGCCGACAAGCUCCGUGGCGGCCCCCCAGGUGAUAAAGGCCAGGAUAAGAGGAAGCUAGUGAGCAAAUGGAGGCCAACGACCAAAGGCACCCUCAAGAGGACUUACCGAGUUCCUUCAAAGGAAGAAGGUCGGCGGGUUCUUAAAGAAAUUGCUUUGGUUCUAUCUGAAGAUGACCAUUUUGUGGAUGCUUCCACUCACAAGGGUUGUCAAAUAAGGAGGGAAAGCGCGCAUGGAGAGAGCGUCUGUUGCUACAACGUAAGGGCUUUGUUUGAUGAGCUCCCUGGUCCUCACCUAGUCCUGGAGAUUACACCUUUUCCAGCUGGAGUCCUGACUGACAGUGACUACCGCAAGGCUGAGAGGCUCGAAAUGGUGCUGAGGAUGAGUGCUUCCAUUUAAACUCAGAGAACCAUUUUCCUCUUCACCUCAUAACUCUUUUUCGCCCAGGCUGUAAAUUGUCUACCAUUGGGCGUGUAAAUUGAUGCAGCGUUGGUAAGAACUCCCAGUAAAAUCAGAGUUCUGGUCAGCAUUUUGAGAAAUUUGAGCGCGGAACUCAUUCUGUACUUACUGAACCUUCUUGAAGCCAGCACACUAAAUUUCCCGUUGCUAGUAACAGAUAAGCAAUUGAUAAAUUCUUGGAUUUUACA